AUGGCUACAAACCGUGUGUAUGAUGGCGAGCGUGAGUUCAAGCUGGAGGCGGACGUGCGUCGCCUGCUGGCCACUGAAGGCUCGGCCCGUGCCCUGGUCCGUGAUGCUGCUGCCCUUCAGCGUACCCAGCGUGCCAAGAAAGCGCAAAGGGCGAGGGUGAAUAAGAUCCGCAAACCUGCCCCCGACCUUGCUCCGGGGUCCCUGGUCAAGUUCAAGACUUCCCCGAAUCGCCCGAAGGCUGAAGAUAAGUGGAAGGGACCUGCUACUAUUUGCUCGCAUGACGGCCCGGUGACAUAUACUAUCUCUUUCCGGGGCAAGGAGGCGCGUCGGUACAGAACGCAGCUCCGACCGUACAUAUCCCCUAUCUCCCCUAUUAUUGGGCAAGAUGUGGAUUUGAUAUUUUCUGGAGAGUAUGAGCAGUGGCAUUCCAUGCGAUCUCCUUUCCGCACGGCUCCGAUUGAGGAACGACGCGCGAAUUUUGUCUCUAGCAUCGACCUUUAUUCCGAUAAUCUGUGGGCAUGGUCCGAAUAUUUUGAUUUGGUGCGUACGAAAGUUGCCUACACGGGCCUGGGUGAGGGCCAGGCGACAGAAAAGGUGCACAUCGUGAAGCAGGCGAUUACACAGGAUUUUUGCAUGUCGCUUCAGGGUCGGAUGCUCCUGCCAAUGAGAGCAGAUCCGGAUUGGCUUGUGGCGUACACCAGGCUCUAUGCUGGAGUAUGGCCCAAGUUUAGCAAAGGAGAAAAGGCCUUGGCGGUGGCGAGUUUUGCGAGAUCGCUGCGCCAGGAUACGGAGAGGAAGUAUGAGGUGCUACAGGAGUUAAUUGUGUUCAUGUGUGGGCGAUCAAUGUUGAAGGUUUUGGUAGACGAGGUUGGUGACCAAGAAAAGAACCCCUCAGUACCCGUGGCAUCGGCUACCGACUACCUGGCUGCCAUGCAAAAGCGGUUGGCGGCAUACCAGGCGGGAGCCCCGGUUGUGAAUUUAGAUGCACUAGAACCACCCCGUCCGUCAGGAGAGCCAAAUAGAGCGAUGGCGAGGGCGAUCAGCGAGGUGACGAGGCAGUUGAGGCUAGCGCCGAAAACUGCGGCCGAGAAGCGCAAAGAGGCCAGGCGGGCAGCACGGGCGGUCAAGAAGUUGGAGGCAGCGAAGCAAGGGGAGCAGCGUGAAGCAGGGCUGCAAUCGCAGCACCUGUCGGGCCUAGCAGGGGCGAGUGAUGUGUUGCAGGCUGUUCCUGUAGCCCAGCCUAAGGAGGUGGGCCAGCGAGGGGCCGAAAUAGCUCGCGCUGCGUCCCAACCUCUGCCGUACUUUAUUGAGGCAGAGGUCGAUCAGUUCUGUACGCGGUACACGAAUUGCCGCGAACAGAAUCAUACAAUCCUGGCGAUGGCGGAUGGAAAAAUUGAGCGGUAUUUGCUCUCUCAGUGUGUCACGGUCUCGAACUUUCUCGACGCAGUGUCCUAA